CUUCCAUGUGAUUGACACACAGUGUUGUUCUCAUUUUACUUUCUGAAUUUCUUCACUCAAGUUCAUUAUUUGGUUAUAGAUUUAUUACACAUUGCGAUGUUCCAAAGUAUUAACUGGAAUGCCUACAGAAAGUCAGUGAUGAAUGGCCUUGGGUUCCUCUGGUCGGCCUACUCUACUCCAAGUCCACACAAUGCCAAACAAGUGUUUACCCUCCUGCUUCUCUGUUUGGCCAUCUCCAUGAGCACUGGUGCACUACUCUUCCACUGGUUAAGUGGCCUCUUAAGAUACAACCUACAGACUGCAGGCAUCGCUGCAGGCAUCUACACACUUGCCAUCUUGAUCUUUUCAUUUCUCAUACAUCCUUUUCGUUGUGCAUUCACAUUGAUGUUUCCAACACUGGGCACCCAACAGGGACGGAAACUUGUUCUCUCAUUGUGUGUCAUGAUGGUGCUGAUUUACGUUCUGCCAAACAUUGCCACAAACAUAGCUGCACUUACACAUAUCAUGAAGUGCACAUCAGAAAACAUUGCUCAUAGUGUCCUUAAUUCAUCUGCAUUAAGCAACAUCAUAAAAAGUGAUCUGGUUUCUAAAGUUCAAAAUAUGAAGAAUUCAGGUUUUGGGACAUUUGUUGAGCAGCUAAGUAGUUUUAACCAUCAGACAGACAUUGAUGUGACUGGUCUCCGAGAAAAUCUGAAAAGUUUAAGCAAACACGUUGGGCAAGAUCUUUCCAAGGCCAUACAUCAUCUCGAGGAACUGAAGCUCCUUUCAAGCAGAAUACUUGCUGCUGCUUUAGUGAUUUACCUUUUUGUAGAAUCAUCUAUUUACCUGAAGUCAUACCUGACAUCUGUAAAAUUUGACAAUGUCUACAUUACAAGACUGCUCAAAAAAAAUGCAGAGAUUAAAGGAAUCCAUGUGGAGGCAAAGGAUGUGAAAAAUGGAGUGAACGUCACCAGCUUCAGAAUGUCAAAAAGAGAACUCCUUAAGUGUUUACUUCCCUUUCUCAUAAUCACGUUGUAUUUGUUGAUGACAAUUGUUCUUCUAGUCUUUGACUAUACAGUGCAUUAUGCUGUGGUAACUAGUGGGCCUUGGCUUUUGGAUAUUCCACCUACUGACAUUUCCAUGAACAUCAAUUUCAAGGUUUAUUAUAAACCUAACAUCUGUCAGAUAUUUGGCUGCAAAUCCUCAGUAAUGGUGAACUUCGUCAGAAUGUACAAUGCCACCAUUAGCUCAGAUGUGACUCAGUGCACGAUGAAGCCAAGCAAGCUGAAUGCUGGGGUGAUUUUUGCAUUGCUCCUGCUCUACUUCCUCAGUUACUGUCUCACAUUCCUAGAGGUCUACGCUCGACGCCUUCGCAGAAAAGUCGCCUCUUCCUUCUUCCAGCUGCAGGAGGAGAAGAGAAUCACAUUUCUUCUUGAUCAAAUUGUGAUUAAGAAGAAGAGAAAGGAGGCCAAACAAGCAGAACUUGAAAGUUCUGAAAACAGUAAGCAUGGAACUGAUAAGAUACUAUUAAUAUUUGUGCUUAAUCCACUUUCAAGAUUAUAUGCAUGGUUUCCUGCAAGAAAACACACAACUGACUGUACUGGUUUAAACUGACUAGUUAAUGCUAUUAAAUAUGAACAUUUGACUACACAAUAUUUAAUGUAGACUUAAGAGUGUUAACAUGGCUGCUUUGAACUUCAGCUUGAAUUACAAUCAGUCAGUGUGUCUAUGCAGAUUUCGCUCUGUGUCUAUGUGGGUUUCUCCACAUUUCUUAGUUCAAUAAAAAAUUGUGGUGGGUAAGAAAGGAAAUACAUUUAUAUUUAAAAGAAGUAAAUUUUGUACCAUUAAUGCCUAUUUGAUUUAAUUAUAUUCUUAACAUAAUAUUUAUAUGGAUUUAUUACAUGCCAUUAUUUAUUUAUUAUAAAUUACUGGAAUAAUUUUUUUGAAGAAGAAUUGUAGCACAUAAUGCUACAGGUCCAACAAAAAGCAUUACACUCCAAAUGUCCACAUGAUGUCAGUAGCUUCACAUUUAAAAUCUGCUUUGCUGUCCAUGAAUGAUGGUGUUGAGGAUUUAACAGAUUGUAUUUAUUUAAUUAUUUCUGGUCUAUCUACAUGCAUGUUAAUGUGUACAGAUACAGUAUGUGCAUGUGUGUGAAAGUGCCGUGUAGUAUUACCUGCAUAGAAGUCUAAUACUAUUAACAAGAGAAUGCCUGUUGUUAUUAUUAUUUAUUAUUUCCACUGUAAUAUAAACAGCAUUUUGUUAUACUAUAAUAAAUAUUUGUGUCUGGCUAAUAAUCAAAUGUUGGCAUUACCAAACAUUCUAAUGAUGCAGUUAUUUACUAUUUCUGCAUUAUUUAAUACAGUCCUGUACCUUAAUGUUAGCCAUGUUUUUACAAAUUAAAUCUCAGAUUGCUGAUGACUGUCAUUGUUAAACAGUAAAAAACCCGGCCUCAUGCAAAGAUCUGUACUUGUCCACAUGUUGCAGGUAAAAGGGUACAGGAAACAGGAUAUUAAUGAAAAUAUAAUAAUGUAUUUUUUACUGAUUACUCAUCAGUAAUUAGAAAAUGGUUUCAGUGGUGAGUCUGUUUUUAUACAAAGAUCACAUAGUAGAUAUUUCUGUUCCCAGGUAACUGUUAAUGUUUUGGUUUGGAAUAAUAAA